AUGUUACCUUCUAAACUUCAACCGUUCGUACGCAAUCGCGUUGCUGAAAUUUUAGAUAAAGCAGGCAACUGCACUUGGCUUCACGUCCCAACUGAUAAGAACCCUGCUGACCUAAUAUCGCGCGGUAUGAAUAUUAGUGCCAUGCUUAAUUCGGAGUUCUGGUGGACAGGUCCCGAUUUUUUAAAACAAGAACCCAUUCAAUUGCCUUCUCAGCCCACACAUUCUGGGAAAUUACCGGAGACUAAACUUGAGACUACAUUGAACGUUACUGUUACUGAUAACAGUAAAGAAUUAAUUGACUUUUCGCGAUUUUCUAAUUACUCACGGCUUGUACGUACCGUAGCUUACGUUCUGCGGUUUAUUAACCGCUGCAGAAAGCAGUCAUUGUCGGCCGAUUAUUUGAGUAGUGAGGAGUUACAAAAUGCGCUGAAUUUGAUCAUCGUGAAGUGUCAAGACGAGUCCUUUCCAGAAUAUAGACUUCUAUUAAAUAAUAAAGAUUUACCGAAAAAGAGUCCGUUACUAAAAUUCAAUGUUUAUCUGGAUGAGCAUAAAAUCAUGCGUGUUGGUGGUCGUCUUGACAAUUCCGAUUUUUCUUUUAGUAAAAAGCAUCCUAUCUUAUUACAGUCCACUCAUUAUGUUACUAGACUAGUUUUUGAAUCUGAACACAAACGAUUGAUGCAUGCUGGUCCUCAAUUGCUACUGGCAUCUAUUCGAGAAACUUAUUGGCCCAUAGGGGGCCGUAAUUUGGCUAGGGCUUGCUACUAUAAAUGCGUGUUAUGCAGUCGUAUGAAGGGUAAGGUUAUUAACCCUUUGAUGGGAAACUUACCACGGCAGCGUCUUUCCGGAUCAUUUCCAUUUGAGAACGUCGGCGUCGAUUACGCGGGUCCCAUUAUGUGCGCUAGUCGUCAAGGUCGUGGAUGUAGAUUGGUGAAGGUGUAUAUUGCGGUAUUUAUCUGUUUUUCUACUAAAGCUAUACAUCUAGAGUUAGUGGGCAACUUGACGAGCAAUCAUUUCUUACUGGCAUUACGUCGAUUCAUAUCGCGCAGAGGAAAACCUGUUAAUCUCUAUUCAGAUAACGGUACCUCGUUUGUUGGUGCAUACAAAGACAUUUCCAAUUUUUUGAAGGCUAACUGCAAUUGUUUAGGUGAGAGUGUAUCCAAUGAUGGCAUUACGUUCCAUUUUAUCCCAUCUUAUACCCCUCACUUCGGAGGCCUCUGGGAGGCGGGCGUGAAGUCAACCAAGUACCACUUAGUAAGAGUGUUGGGAAAUUGUCACUUAACGUAUGAGGAGCUUAACACCACACUGACGCAAAUCGAAGCCAUUUUGAAUUCACGGCCUCUGACUCCAUUAUCUUCCAAUCCUGCAGACUGCACUCCUUUGACGCCGGGACACUUUUUAAUCGGAAGACCGCUGACUUGUUUGCCUCAACCGGAUCACCAGGACCGACCCAUUCACUCUCUGUCACGUUUUCAACGCAUCGAGCAGCUUCGCCACCAAUUUUGGAACCGGUGGAGUAAAGAAUAUAUUGCAGAGUUGCAGCAUCGAGUAAAGUGGCGAUCGUGCAAGAACGAGUUGAAAUUGGAUUCUCUGGUUGUGGUGAAAGACGACCAGUUACCGCCGCUUAAAUGGAGGUUGGGCAGAAUCGUCGCAGUUCAUCCGGGUCCCGAUGGCAUCGUCCGCGUGGCUGACAUUCGAACGACGACUGGAAUUAUUCGGAGAGCAUUUAGUAAGCUUUGCCCGCUGCCUAUUUCUUCAGAAGUUUGUUGAAAACGCUGUUUUCAACGCCGGGGGGCAUGUUGAAGCGCCUGUCGUCGUAUGCGGAGCAACUCAUUUAAUUAAGUGUAGAUAUUACUUUUCCUGCAGGCGCUUUCUUCCUGUGUUUUAGGGCGUGGUUCAACCCCCCUCACAAUAAACAAGUCAUCAGAACGUGCAA